AUAUUGCUAAUUACCAGAGCAAUAAUUUUAUUUACUUUUAUCAAUUUUAUUUUUAAUUUUAACAGUUUAUAGCAUAUUGAUAAAACUUAAAAAAAAAAAUUGCAAAACAAAAAAUGAAUGCCCAGCCAGAGCUAUGGACUUCAAAUACCUUACGGAGAACGACAGGACAAGCCUAUAUCACACUGCAAAGAGCAAGGCAGAGAGAGAUCGAGUAUCCUUCAAUAAAGAAUGUAACGCCUACUGUACAGGAGUCAAUAGGACACACUUCUGUAGAAGAUGCUUACACAACAGUGAUGCAGUCAUUAUCAACAGCCUCAAGAAACUGUUUGAGAUAUUAUCGAUCCACGCCAGCCAUGGAAUACAACAAACACGAUCGAAGAUUUUGUUCAAAGUAUUUAACGCAGACUCUGACAGAGAAAAGAAGAAGAAAUCCUUUACAAGAUGAAGACGUUCAAAUCGUUGUUUCACCAGGGACUUACAGUAUCUCUGCAGCAACGCUAGGUGGCGAUAGAGUGUCACAACAAACUCAUGUUAUUAAAGUAGGGAAAGGGGAAACAGCCGCGAUAGAUUUUACAAUUUAGUUUUGUCUUGGGAGAUGGUAAAUGUCCGGUGUCCUACUUUGCCGCAAUUGUUCCACUUAUGUUAGGGUUGCUAUUCUGUUAAUACCACGUCACUCGUUUCACCACACACGUCCAUGCUUUUGAAAACAAAUAACUGACUAAUAAUACCAAAAAAUCCGACUUGGACCGUUAACCGUACGAGAGGGCGGCGUUUGCCAUAUCAUCUUCACAACACCUUUCCCUUCACCAGUCUAUCGAAUUGUGGUGCGUGCCAAAAUCGACUAAAUUUAAUGACAAAAUUCAUCCGCGUGUCCAACAAAAUUGUCGAGAGCUCACUCAGUUGUGACGUCAUUAUACACUUUUUUGUAGCUAUAUGUCAUGAAAGAUCGGAAAGAGUUUAAAUAAAUAACGGAUUGUUAACAAACAACCAUGAAUAAGCGGACACAGAGUUUCAUCAGAUAAGAGUCUUGAAAUUAUUGGAGGAGAAUUGUGGUAGUGUUUUUAGUGUUUCCCGAUUCUAAAUAGCUCCCCUGGCACUGGUCUUUUGCAUACCGCACGUCCGGAUCACCCAGUACUCGCCAUAUUAUUUUAAAAGGGAACAGCGUCCUAUAGGCUAACUUUACAUAAGAUAAACAAGGUAAUGGAAAUUUGUGGUGGGGCGAUACCAGGAUAUUACCAACAUGGAAAAUUUGGUAAUCCCAUAGUAUGUAAACCAACAUGGUGGACACUGGAACGUAGUAUGUGUACCAGGUUAGGGUUGGCCAUAAUUACUACCGGAGUCACUUGGCUAGCCCCCGAACUCAUAAUAGAACUAAAAUAAGGAAAAUCUGAAUAAUAUUAUGGCCUAACCCUAACCUGGUACACAUACUAUGUUCUGGUGUCCGCCAUCUUGGUUCACAUACUCCGGAAAUACCGAAAAUUUUGUGAGUAACUGACUAACAUGGGUGGUUUUUAAGUUUGUUUUUUCAGUGUAAAGCUGAUAUUAGGGCAGUGGAUAUAUAUUACUACACAGUCUGUUUUCUUAUUUGUGUGUCUAAUUUUAAUAUUCUUACCUAGAACUGUGAAUUGUGCCAUAUUGUUGCUAUAUUGCUGAAAUAUAUUCUAUGCUUAUAA